GACUUCCGGUCUGCUACCAAAAAUGGUGAUACAAAAAGCAAUGACUGUGAAGUCGGUGCUGUUGAAAGCUUGGAGGGAAAGAUGGACAGAUCUCCAGUUUUCUAUAGCGUUGAAGAAAACUGCACCAUUUAGCAGUAACCCUACAGAAACGUCACAAUCCCUUGCAGAGCUUAUUCUCCAGCAAGCAUUGAUUGGUUCCAGUCCUAAUAACUUAGUGCUAUCUUACCUUAAACACUGCCUCAGUACACAAGUGGUUACCAUCUCAAAAGGUCUGAAAAGUGUUAUGAAAUAUGAUGAUGUUGGAAUGCCUCAUUGCUUGAAGAGUUUACUAAAUCUGGUUCAUUGUUUCACACCCAGACUCAGUUGCUAUGGAAACACAGAAGACCCGUUAUCCCUGGCUAAGACGCUGUUGCAUCUUCUGCAAUGGCUAUUGCAUCUCAUUCACAAGAGCCUACAGAAGUUGAAUGUAGUGAAACAUUCCCCGGAACAUUGUGCAAUCAUUGAAAAGGCCUGUAGUAUAAUGAAGGACUUGAUUGAGAGUCCAACGAACAAGGCAAUGUUAUACAUAGCAAAGUUAGAUGAUCCAGAGACGUACCGCCAAAUUGAACAAACAGAGUCGAAUGCUAGAGGUACAUUGGGCAAACUGCAAUCUGCACAUAUACCUUCCAAUCUGAGAGACCAUGUAGAUUUCAGCCUGAACUUGUUAACCAGAAUCUCCAUCUCGGGUGCAAAUGUGAGUAAGGGAUUGGUCAAUGUUGAUCACAUGAUUCUGAAUAUCAGCAUUAAUACACAAGUCAUGUUGGAGGUCUUGCUGAAUACAACUGGCGACACACAGGCUUUUAUACAACAAAUGCUUUUAAUUGAGAAAUUACAUGAUUUAUCAAGGCCUCAAUUAUAUUGUGAGAUCCUCCGCUCGUGUUUUAUGGGACUACUUGAUGCUAACCAUGUUCAGGGGCAGGAAGAACUCAAAUGGGCAGCUUUCACAUUCCUCAAGCUUCCAAAUAUCUUCCUAAAGUUACAACGGGUUGGUAACCAUGACAACUCAACCUUGGAGGCGGGGAUUGAUAUGUUAUUACGCUAUACAUCUCUGCUAGACUUAACAGAUACAAAGUGCAAUUGUGACAACCUUCAAAUGCUUUUGAAAGAACUGUGUAAUAAACAGAAUCUCAUAACAGAAGUUGCCCUGGAGAGACUCGUUAAACGCAGGACUACAGAGAGUCAGAAGCCUAAGACUACAGAGCACACUGGAGGGACACAACCGAGUACAAGUCUUAUACUCAGAGCAGAGCCCACAGUUGUGACCAUCCUUAAGACCCUAGAUGCAGACUACUCCAAGACACUAGAUUCCUUACAAGGUGUCCUUGGUCACAUGAUCUCUGGGAAAAGCUUUGAAUUAAUUAACAUGGCUGCCACCGCAACAGGGAAGCUACAAAGCUUCACGAUUAAACUGAUUAAGUUUAAUGAGUUUACAAAGCAUUCCAGUGGAGAAGGUAGCAAAACUUCACAGACAAGAGCCCUCCUCUUUGAUAUCACAUUCCUAAUGCUUUGCCAUAUCACACAACUACAUGGUUCUGAGAUUGUUGCGAGUCACCCAGAGAGUAAGGAUGCCUUCUUCACCCAGUGGGCGUUGAAAUGUCUGCCAGAAGAUGGAAAAUUUAAGUGCUUAGACCUUUUUCCAAUGGCUGAUGCAAACAAAGUGGAGGUCCUGUUGGGCCAGUUCAACCCUGGAGGAGAGUUUAAAACAAGUCUAACAAAAUGGCAUGAGGUCUGCACCAAUGCCCCAUUUGCCAUUGAACAGUUUCUACUGGCCUGGGAACAGGGAGCGAUUACAGAGACAACUGUCAAGAGUGUCUUAGACAAUAUCAAGAGCAAGGUAUGUUGCAUUCCUGUUGUUGUUUGUGCCUGGUUGACCAGCUAUAUUCAUGUACUGAGUGAGGAACACCAGGAAAAAGCAAGGGAGGUUCUCAGAUAUUUGCUCACACCCAUGUCUCCUGAGUCUGUUGAUGCUAACUUCCUACAGUACUACAGUGACAGGGCCCAACUGCUAGGUGUAAUACUAAAAACCAUGACAAAGGACAUAGUUCUGAAUGAACAACAAGGCCAUGUGUCUAACCUAUACUCCUUGAGGUACAAACCUCUGAGGACAGACAAGAAGUAUCAAGUUUUGCUCCAGAAAUCUUUUACAGAGAUUUGUACUAAAGGUCAUGUGACGAUCACCAUGGUUCAUCUUUUGGAAGAUAUCUUGAAGAUAACUGGUGCUGAGUGGUUUUGCAGCAAAUUGAUAAAGGAACUGGUAAACUAUAACAGUCCAAGGCCCGAAGAGAUGACCCAAGUUUGUGCAUUGAUCUACUCAUUGUUUCACCUUGACCUUGAGCCAUUGACCUUGUCCUUUCUGCACGAUGUUGUCCCCAACCUGUUACAGGGCUCCGUGUGGCAGAAGUCUCAGCCAUUGGUUGACCCGAGGGGCGAAGCAUUGGCCAAGCUUUGUGUGAUGUGUAUCACUGCAUGCCACAAUCAGAUACAGGCAACAGGUACAGCCAAAUCAGCUGUUAGGUCAAGAAAGAGGUCGAGGAGAGAAUUUGAUAUUGAUGACCAGGAACAAGAAAGUACAGACAGUAAACCUUCCAAGUUGCCCAAACUGCACAGUGAUGGAGCAGAUCUGACAUUGGACUCUGAGGGGUUUAACAUUGACCUGCUAGCAGUUAAGGAAGAACAAGAUUCUCUCCCGACUUAUGAUCUCAGAGACCCCUUGAACAAAGCUAUAGCCAAUCUGUUUAACCUGUUAAACCACAUACUCAACCAGCCAAACCUCAGAGUGGGGAGUCAGUUUGCCAUCACAUUUAUAGAGGAAGCUUUGAAAGUGGGACAGCCCCACUCUAAAUAUAUACUGCAAUUUAUGCCUCUGAGCAUGGUGGGUCAAAUGAUGAAAAUGUUUCCAAGGACUAUAACUGCAGAGCUUCUUCUAUCAGUGUGUGAUUUAUCACAAAACACUGGCAAGCUAAUAGCUGCCAAAUCAAUAGCCCAAUUGGCAGUUACUUUAUGAGUGUUCACAGCUUAUGACAUAUUGGCAGCUAUUUGGUGACUAAAAACUUGUCGAAUCAAUGGCUAUUACUAAGAUAAAAAUCAAAAGUUGUCAAUUCAAUCUUUAGAUUGGCAAUUGCAAUAUCAAGAUUGGCAGUUACUCCUUGGAACAGUUGGCAGUUACUAUUGAACAUCUACUUUAAAGCUCUUAAACAAACAAAACAUUAAAUUGGCAGUUGUAUUAAGGGCAGCUGCACUAAAUAAGUAAUAUUUCAAAAUCUCUUGUCAAAAUAAUAUCUGAUAAACUAUGACAGUAAAACCUCUCAUGUCAAACUGGUCUCAUGUCGAAGUGGCACCACUUUUAAAAGUCAGUGGCCUCCCUGACUAAAUAUUCAUUGAACCUCUUUUAGUGGAACAUUUUUAUGCAAAACAGUGUUCCACUUACACAAGUUUCACCAGAAGUGGUGACAUAUCAUUUAAGUCUCCAAUGUUUUGUUGAUGGUGUUCGGCGGUUGGUUUUCAGUGUUCAGUACUUGGUGUUCGGUGAUCAGGCAGCGUCUGUAACAAAUGGUAGGUGUUCACACUUUGCCUUGUUCUAUGUAAUCUGAGAAAUGA